CUCGUGUUUCUGCAUUUGAUUUUUAGAUUCGUUUUUUGCUUGUUUGUUCGUGAUGUUUGUGAUGACCUAAAAGGGGUUUGAACCCUUUUGUAGUUCGGAGCAGCCCAGUAAGUGUUCUUUUGGGUGGUGACAUCUACCGGGUCUUGCUCGCUGUGGUUUCAUGAAUGGCUGAUUAUUCUCCAUUACUAUCUUAUUUCUUUUGCACUCUGAGUAGAAGAGAUGGUGAGGCUCACUGCUGAUUUGAUAUGGAAAAGCCCUCAUUUUUUCAAUCCAGUUAAAGAGCGUGAGUUAGAUCUUCGAGGCAACAAGAUAGCCGUGAUUGAAAACCUCGGUGCUACUGAGGACCAAUUUGACACCAUAGAUUUAUCUGACAAUGAGAUUGUCAAACUGGAGAACGUACCUUAUCUUAACCGGUUGGGUACACUGAUCAUUAAUAACAAUAGGAUUACUAGAAUUAAUCCCAGCAUUGGAGAGUUCCUGCCAAAAUUACACACACUAGUUCUCACUAACAACAGAAUUGUAAACUUGGUAGAAAUUGACCCUUUAGCAUCCAUUCCAAAGCUGCAGUACCUUAGUCUGCUGGACAACAAUAUCACGAAGAAACCAAAUUAUAGGCUUUAUGUUAUUAACAAACUGAAAUCCCUCCGGGUUUUAGAUUUCAAGAAAGUGAAAAAUAAGGAACGGUUGGAAGCCAAAAGCUUGUUUGCUUCGGAAGAAGUGAUGGAAGAAAUUAAAAGGACGCCAGCCAAACCAAUUUCACCUGCUGAAACUCCAAAUGUUUCAGAGGCAGCUGAGGAACAACAAACACCCAAAGUGGUUGCUCCCACACCUGAACAAAUUACUGCUAUCAAGGCUGCCAUUGUGAAUUCUCAGACUCUUGAGGAGGUUGCUAGACUUGAAAAGGCAUUGAAGUCUGGCCAGCUUCCUGCAGAUAUAAAAGGCUUGAAUGAUAAUAUAGUGUUGGAUAAUGUUGAUGAAAAACCUGAAGAUAUGAUUCAUAAUGACGGAGGUCAAGCUGAUGGUGAAUCCAAUGGUACACAAGAGCAGACAAAUACCGAUUCUACUUCAAUGGAACAGGAUUAGAGUAAAGAUUUUGAAGUGGGCUUCAACUUUAGUGUCAUGUUCUUGGUAAUUUUCCAUGAAAGUGUGUUUGAUGAAUUUUCUGUAGUGAAGACUCUACUUUUCUACUUGAUUUUACAUUACUUUAGAAGUUGAAUUUGAUGUUUCAAUUUCACUCAUGGUGAAUAAUUGUUUCUGCCUUUUUUGAUUGGAA